GAAGGCAAAGAUAGGCCCAGGAGUAAUGGCGUCCAAAAAGCAACAAGUCAAAACGGAUCUUGCUGUGGAGAAUAAGGAAAAAGAAAACGGAGGGAAGGCCUCCAAGCAAAAUGAAGAGGAAUCCCACCACCUGGAAGAGGCUGAAAAGAAGAAGCCUGGGGCAAAUGUCAGAAGGGGUCGAGUGAGGCGAUUUGUGCCUAAUUUUCGAUGGGUCAAACCUAAUCGACAUGUUGAUGAGAAUGAAGGGGCAGAGGAUGUCGGGAGAUUUGUAGGGCAGGUAGUGAAAAUCAAGAGAAAGACUAGGGAGCAACAGGUGAGGCCUCACAUGCGUUUCCAAACAUCAGAACUUGACAAUCAUUACGAAUUUUGCCUCAUACCUUGAAAUCUGAGGUUUUCU